AUGUCAACAUCAAAAACCAUGGAAAACCAUUUCAAGUACGAACCUGUUGUUCAAACACAAGCAGGUUUCACUUUGCUUCAAAGGAACCUAUCCCCACCGCAACCUGGCGAAAGGCGUGGGAGAAGAAAACAGGCCGAGCCCGGCCGGUUCCUCGGCGUUCGAAGGCGACCUUGGGGUCGAUACGCUGCCGAAAUCCGAGACCCAACGACCAAAGAAAGGCAUUGGCUUGGCACCUUUGACACUGCUCAAGAAGCUGCCCUUGCUUAUGAUAGGGCCGCGAUCUCCAUCAAAGGAGCUCAAGCAAGAACCAACUUUGUUUAUUCAGACAACUCUUGUUUCCAUGUCUUGUCCCCUUUUGAUCAGUUCCUUACGAGCUUUCAAACUCAACAACCUAAACAAGCAAUCAACCAUGGUGUUAACAGUGAACCAGUUCCUCAUCAGCCUGACAUUUCCCACAGUGAAAACACUAUCCCCACCCCCAUCAUCAAACCUAAUAACAAUGACCCAUCAUCAUCAUCAUUAUCAUCAUCUUCAUCAUCAUAUGGUUCUUCAGUUGAUGAUAGUGCUUUCUUUUUCUCUACUGAUACUAACUCUGGUUACUUAGCCUCCAUUGUUCCUCGUAAUUGUUUGAAUCCCCCUUCUUCAAACCCAACAAGCUCCCAUGUUUCCAAUCAAAACCAAUCACAUUCCGGUAAUAACAAUUAUGUUCUUCCUAUAGAUGUAACAAACACUGAGUUUCCAUGUUUUGUCGAGGGGAUGGAUCAAGAGAGUUUAUGGUCAAGCUUUGAUCAACAAUCAUGGGAACUGUCGGAUAUCGUAAAUCCACCAUUGAUGGAUGAAGAUGGUUGUAUGAAAGCUUUUCAUCCUUACAAUGACAAUCCCAUGAUGAUUCCACAAGCUUCUUCAAUGGCUCCUUUUGGUGAUAUAGUCGACUUUGGGUAUUCACUCUUCUGA